CGCUGUAUCGAUAGGAGCCAUCGAUGGUUUUGCAGCUCUAUUACUUGCAUUUUAGCUGGAAAAAUUGCAGGAAAAAUUGGCAUUCAUUAAAAGCGGGUAGAAUGGAUAACGCCGAAGUGGGCAGCGCUUUUGUUGCAGCGCAAAAGCGGCGCUUUUCGGUGAGCGAGAUUGCACUUAAAGAUGCCGCACCCCUGCUCUGCGUUGACCAAGACUACCGCCCCGAGCCCAAGACAAAACAACGCAAAAAAGGGGACGACUUCCAGGAGCACUACCUGCUCAGCUUUUGCGAUGAAAUUCUCUACGAGAUUUUCAAGUACCUGGACACGCCAUCCAUCAUGGCCCUAAUGCACUGCUCGCCGCGUUUGGAGAACCUGCUUCUGGAUCACCGGUUUUGGCACGGGAUCGAUCUCAGCAACGGCCCCCUGCCCUUGGGCAUACUGGAGGAUAUACUGGGUCGUGCCACAGAAAAGACCCACACAAUUAAGAUUUGCGGACCGCCUUCGUCACAGCAUGUUGCCGGCGAGUUCCGGCAGUUCACCUGCACCCUGACCACCGUUUUUCCGAAAGUGGCCACACAGUUGAAGGUGCUGGAGCUGCAGGGCGUCAGCCUGGACUUUGAAUAUAUACGCAUCACACAGUUCCCUGGCUCGCUGACGCGUCUCAAGCUGAAGGACUGCAGUGUGAAAGUCGGGGAUCAGGGCAAGAGCAUAUUCCACACGAUAGAGAUGCAAUUGGUUAACCUGGAGGAUCUCAGCAUCGAGGAUAACAACUGGUUCGAGCCAUACUACAUCAUGGCCCUCUCCAAGCUGCCCUCGCUGCGACGCCUCAGCCUCAAGGGCUGCCAAAUGCUGUGCAAGUUCGUGCCCUACGGCAGCAUGGCUGCACGCUUUGGUUUUAUGAAGCUAGAGGUGCUCGAUCUACGUCUAACGCCCAUAAACAACUCGGAUCUGCAAUGCUUCAGUGCCAUUGAGAACCUUAAGGAGCUACUGCUGGAAUCCCCACUCAACCCGCCGCCCGAAGCGGCAUCGCCUGAAAAGGUGAACAAUGGAAAUGACGAGGCUGCCACAUCGCAGUCGGAAUCUCUGAAAGUGCUAAAUGAUGACGAGCCGUCCACAUCUCGCGCUGCCAUGGAACAUUUGCGUGCCUGUAAAAUGGCACGAGGAAACGACCCGAACGAGUCCUCCGAUGCGCCCAGGCCAUGCCAUGAUAUAUUCCACUCGGACCCCAGCGACGACACGGUGGAUGAACCAGCGCCAGCAUCAAGUGCAUCAUGUUCGAGGAAGCGCGUAUGUUUGUCCUCCGAGUCCGAAGAUGAGGAUACAUCCUCGGCGUCAGCGUCCUCGUCCGACAAGUCGGACAGUGCAGCUCCGCGCAGCAACGGACACAACGGCGGCAUUGAUCCCAAUGCUGCCGUGCGGUCACCUCUGGUGGUAAUAGCUCUGCCAGGUGUUGCCGCAGUGCGUCAAGGUAUGCCGCCUGCUGCUGACCAGGCCGACAACGUUGAACCAGACGAAGCUGGGGCUGGAGCUGGACCGGUACCACGCGCCUAUGUCUACGUGCCCGGUGGCCAAGGCCCUGGCGAGAAUCCACAGCCCAAUAUGCAGUCCAUACUGGAGCAGAUGGCGGACCAUUUGCGGUCGUUUCGGGGCAACAAUCCGGCACACAGCCGCUUCCUGCCACGACGCGAUCAGGUGAUCUACAUGAACCCCCAGGCCAUGGCCAUCAGAGAGCCAAUGCUUGUCAUGCACUCCGCUCGAAGGCGCUCCCUGGCACGAGGUAACUUCGACCAGGUGGUUCACCAUCCAAUGUUCUGGAACAUGCUGGAUCCCCUGGACAGAGACUAUGCCCGCCGAUUGCGACACCGACAGGCAUCCAAUCCAUGCCCACCACCCCAGUACUACGUCUCGGAUCGGGCCAUCUACAGUUUCGGGCGCGCGGCUAGACCUGUGCAGCCGGACGUUGUCUGGAUACGGAACAUCAACCGGUCGCCCGACAACCGCCUCGAGCGGAUCUCACUGCGAAACUACCAACACAUAACCAACCACACACUGGAGCAUCUCGUGCAAUGCUCGCCCUUCCUGGUAUUCAUCGAUGUGAGUGGCACGAGCGUCACGGUCCUCGGCUUGCGUAAAUUCAAGGAACUAAAGCCAGAGUGUGAGGUAGUGGCAGGGCAUUUGGACAUCGAUGAGGAUGCCAAGCCGCCGGAGGAGGACCCAGAGCCGCCGGCACCAAGCGAUACACCAGACGAAGCACCCGACGAGGAGCAGCCACCAACAUCGCCGCCGCCGCCACCACCACCACCACAGGAAUUCGAAGAUGUGGCAUAAACGAAUUCCCCGCCCCCACAGUCCCCCCCAUCUAAGUGUAUUUCGUAUUUUGUUGUUCCAAACAUCCGUAAAAUUAGUCUUUAACCCAUGGCGGCCCGUCCUGGCUUGGAUACUUUUAACGAGAUGACGGAAACAUGGCCAAGCCUGAAAAAAAAACAAAACAACAACCACAACCAUGGCUGUCUACAAGCAAAAGCUGUAGCUCAAGCCCGUCUAGUAUUACGCCCCUUCUGCACCCCUCCACCCAUACACACUAAACGCUCUUGUACUAUAUGUCAGGCUCGAUAAAAUGUAAAAACCCCUAUCAUUUAGUUAAGCAUUAAAAGAUAUGAACAAUCCUUU